CCCGCCCGGUGCCCAUAUUUCCGACGCCACGUAAAGGCAACGUCGGCUUUCAGCGCAGGGUAUCAUGGCGCAGGGGAGGCCAGAGAGCUCGGCGGCGUCAAACUUUAAUCUCGGCCGGAUUCGUGCGGCGCUGAGGCCUUGCACCGUCUGAGAGCGUCAACGCCAGGUGACGGCGAGCGCCGAUGAAAACGGCAUUCUGAGCACAACCACCGGACACUGAUCACCCAGAGAGAGGAGAGAUGGAAAAGCCAGUCUUGCAGACACAACCAUCCACCCUUCCCUUUUUCGACACGGCCCACGCCUUCAACCUGCUGAGGGGAAUCCAUGAACUCAGAGCUGAACGGAAGUUUUUCGAUGUGACUUUGUGUGCUGAGGGCCGUGAGUUCCACUGUCACCGCACAGUGUUGGCCGCUGCCAGCACGUACUUCCGGGCUAUGUUUGCAGGAACGCUGAGGGAGAGUGUUAUGGACCGGGUAGUUCUACACGAGGUGUCAGCUGAGCUUUUAGGUCUGCUGGUGGACUUCUGCUACACGGGACGGGUCACCGUCACUCAGGAUAACGUUGACCUCCUUCUGAAGACGGCCGAUCUGUUUCAGUUUCCCUCAGUCAAAGAGGCCUGCUGUGCAUUUCUGGAGCAGCGCCUGGAUGUUUCCAACUGCUUAGAGAUCCAGGACUUUGCAGAGGCCUAUGCUUGUCGAGAGCUGGCAGCCAGUGCUCGCCGCUUUGUCCUGAAAAACAUAAUGGAGCUGGCUAAAGGGACGGACUUUGAGCGCUUACCUUGGAAGCGCCUGCUGGAGUUUAUGUCAGACGACGAGCUUUGUGUGGACAAGGAGGAAACAGUUUAUCAAAUUGCAGUGCGCUGGGUGAAGGCUGAUCUCCAGCGGAGAAUGCACUACUGGCCCGAGCUCCUCCAGCAGGUCCGACUCCCUUUUGUCAGGAGGUUCUUUCUUUUGGCCCAUGUGGAGAGCGACCCACUGGUCUACCUUUCACCCACCUGCCUCCGCAUGGUGAAUGAAGCCCGUAGCUUCCAGUCCUGUGAGUAUGACCGCCAUGACCGGCCCUGCCACCGCAUGCGGCCACGGCCAUCCACAGGAUUGGCAGAAAUCCUGGUGGUGGUGGGAGGAUGCGACCAGGACUGUGAUGAGCUGGUCACAGUGGACUGUUACAACCCCCAGACUGGACAGUGGCGCUACUUGGCUGAAUUCCCUGAUCACCUUGGAGGAGGCUACAGCAUAGCUGCCCUCGGAAACGAUAUGUACGUCACAGGUGGCUCUGAUGGCUCUCGCCUCUAUGAUGGUGUGUGGCGCUACAAGUCCAGUGUCAACGAGUGGACAGAGGUGUCGCCCAUGCUGAAGGCCCGCGAGUACCACAGCUCUUGUGUGAUGAAAGGUCAGCUCUACGUGGUGGCGUCGGACAGCACCGAGCACUACGAUCACGCUCUGGACUGCUGGGAGGCCUUACCAGCCAUGCUGCACCCCAUGGACAACUGCUCCACCACCACAUGCAGCGGGCGCUUGUAUGCUAUUGGCUGCCUGACCGGGGAGGACACCAUGGCCAUCCAGAGCUUUGAUGCAGACACCAACCGCUGGUCCAUGGUCAACUGUGGACAGCUGCCUCCUUGGUCCUUCACACCAAAAACUGUGACCCUCAAUGGCCUCAUCUACUUCGUUAGGGAUGACUCAGCUGAGGUGGAUGUUUAUAACCCUCAAAAGAACGAGUGGGACAAAAUUAGUCCCAUGACACAGGUCCAUGUUGGAGGUAGUGUGGCAGUCCUGGGGGGUAAAUUAUACGUGUCUGGUGGUUAUGACAAUACGUUCGAGCUGUCAGAUGUGGUGGAAGCCUACGACCCGACCACCCGCACCUGGACUCUCGCUGGACGACUACCUCAGCCGACCUUCUGGCAUGGCAGCGUCAGCAUAUUCCGCCAGUUCAUGCCCCUGGUGUCCAGUGCAUUCGAACCUACUGACAUACCCGAGUCAAACGCCAUUCACCUGCACCGGCACCAGCGUCACCAAGAGCUCCACAAUCUUAACAACAAUCUCAACCAAAACCAGAACCAGGAUGUGAACCCAGCGCACUGAGUUUGGACGUAGAAAUCCCUCUCACACACGUUCUGUUCUCCCUCAUUAUGCCAUCAUUAGUUUACUGCGAAUUUACCUCAUUACAAUGUUAAAGCUGUUUCAUGGCAGAAGAGAAGACUGAGCAUGUACAAAGUAGUCUGAGCUCCUUGUAAUCCACUUGACUGCUAAGCUGUCAAACUGACAAGUCUGUUGACUGGAUGAAUUACAAAGAGGCCAUGUGUUUCUUAGCCUUGUUCACUGGGAAACAGUCCCAGGUGGUUCCCAUAGAAAAUAGGGAAGCGGCUGUGUACUGCUCUUUAGUGGAGGUGGGGAAGCUAAACACAUUCAAUGGCUAAAAUAGACACUUAGUCCUUGUCCUCGAAGUCUUUCGUCUUGUAAAACUGAAAUAUAGUGUCUGAAAACACUUUGGAUUUCGAGCUGAAACAGUUAAUUGUUUAGUCUAUCGACAGAAAAUUCAUUUGCA